AUGGCUCAAACUCUGCGGUAUGACGGUCAGACCGUGGUGGUCACCGGUGCCGGAGCCGGUCUAGGAAAACAGUACGCUCUCUUCUUUGCAUCAAGAGGCGCAAAUAUUGUCGUCAAUGAUCUGGGAGGCUCAUUCAAAGGCGAGGGUGCAAGCACAAAGGCCGCAGAUUUAGUCGUGCAAGAAAUCAAGGCGGCAGGAGGGAAUGCUGUGCCCAACUACGAUUCAGUCGUCAAUGGCGACAGGAUCGUCCAAACCGCAAUCGAUGCCUUCGGUCGAAUUGAUAUUCUCAUCAACAACGCUGGCAUCCUCCGAGAUAUCAGCUUCAAGAACAUCAAAGACACCGACUGGGAUCUCAUUACCGAUGUACAUAUUACUGGUCCUUAUAAGACUGCAAGAGCCGCCUGGCCGCAUUUCAAAAAACAAAAGUUUGGCAGAAUCAUCAACACCACCUCUGCUGCUGGCUUAUUUGGCAGCUUUGGUCAAACCAAUUAUUCGGCCGCCAAAAUGUCCCAGGUUGGCUACACUGAGACUUUGGCUAAAGAGGGCGUCAAAUACAACAUUCUCUCCAACGUGAUUGCCCCCAUCGCGGGCAGUCGCAUGACCGCCACUGUCAUGCCUCCUGAGCUCCUGGAGCAAUUGAAACCCGAGUGGAUCGUCCCCUUGGUGGCUGCUCUAGUCCACAAAUCAAACACUACCGAGAACGGCUCCGUCUUCGAAGUUGGUGCUGGGCAUAUUGCUAAGCUCCGGUGGCAGCGUGGUGGUGGCCUUCUCCUCAAGGCUGACUCGUCCUAUACUCCCGGUGCUAUCUUGAAGCGAUGGCCGGAAGUUAAUGACUUUUCUAAAGCCGAAUACCCCAACACCGUGGCUGACAUGGUCACAAAAUUGGAGGAUUCGCUGAAAAUCAAGACCAACGAACAGGGUCCUGAGAUUCGCUUUGACGACAAAGUGGUUUUGGUCACCGGUGGUGGUGCUGGAUUGGGUCGUAUCUAUUCUUUGGCAUUUGCUAAGCUCGGCGCCAAGGUUGUCGUCAACGAUCUCGUCAACCCUGACACCGUUGUCAACGAGAUCAAGGCCGCAGGUGGUCAAGCCGUUGGCAAUAAGGCUUCCGUCGAGGAUGGCGAAGCGGUUGUAAAGACUGCCAUCGACACCUGGGGCAGAAUUGACAUCUUGAUCAACAAUGCGGGCAUCCUGAGAGACAAGGCUUUCGCCAACAUGACUGAUGAUCUAUGGCACACCAUCCUCAAUGUCCAUUUGAGAGGAACAUACAAAUGUUCGAAAGCCGCCUAUCCUUAUAUGGUUAAACAGAAGUACGGCAGAAUCAUCAACACCACCAGUACCACUGGCAUCUACGGCAACUUUGGCCAAGCUAAUUAUGCAGCCGCGAAAGCAGGCAUCCUUGGUUUUGGGCUUGCUCUUGCCCUCGAAGGCAGAAAGAACAACAUCUUUGUCAACACAAUCGCACCCAACGCAGGUACCCAGAUGACUCGUUCAAUUUUGCCCGAGGAAUUAGUCCAGGCAUUCAAGCCAGAUUAUGUUGCCCCUCUUGUCCUUCUUCUCUGCUCGGACAAGGUCCCAGAUCCGCCCACGGGAUUGUUGUUUGAGGUCGGCAGCGGGUGGCAAACACGAACCCGAUGGCAGAGAUCCGGCGGCCAUGGAUUCCCUACUGAUGUUAAGUUGACUCCAGAAGCUGUCCUCGAAAAAUGGUCCAAGAUUGUUGAUUUUGAUGACGGCCGGGCAGACUAUCCUGAUCCUACUACCGCUACCAAGGCGAUCAUGGCGAAUCUCCAGAACACAGGAAAGAAGUCCGUGUCGAACUCCGGAGUAGACUAUCUUGCCAGGAUCGAUGAGGCUAAGAAGGCCAAAUCAAUUGCCAGUCCAUUCGACUGGGAUGACAAGGAGGUUAUCCUCUACAAUCUGUCUCUGAAUGCCAACAGAAAACAGCUUCCCCUCGUUUAUGAAGGUGACGAGAACUUCCAAGUUCUGCCAACAUUUGGCGUGCUACCCCCUUUCAGCGCACGGUCACCGUUUGAAUUUGCCGAUAUUCUCCCCAACUUCAACCCAAUGAUGUUGCUCCAUGGCGAACAAUAUCUCGAGAUCCGAAAAUUCCCCAUCCCCACUGCCGCAAAGACUUUAUCAUACAGCCGUUUGAUCGAGGUUCAAGACAAGGGCAAAGCCGGACUGAUCGUUACGGGUGUCACCACCAAGGAUGCAAAGACCGGAGAAGAUCUUUUCUAUAAUGAAAGCACUGUCUUUGUCCGGGGGUCUGGUGGUUUUGGCGGGUCUAAGACUGGCGCGGAUCGAGGUCCUGCCACAAAGGUCUAUGCCCCUCCCAAGCGCGCCCCUGAUGCUGUUGUGGAGGAGAAGACCACACCUGACCAAGCUGCCCUGUACCGACUCAAUGGUGAUCGCAAUCCGCUGCAUAUUGAACCUGAGUUUGCCAAAGUUGGUGGCUUCGAAGUACCUAUUCUACACGGACUUGCCAGUUUCGGGUUUUCUGGAAAGCAUGUCUUGAUGACCUAUGGUCAGUUCAAGAACAUCAAAGUCCGAUUUGCAGGCACCGUCAACCCCGGACAGACCCUCGUGACGGAGAUGUGGAAAGAGGGCAAUUUCGUCAUUUUCCAGACGAAGAUUAAGGAGACUGGCAAGCUUGCUUUGGCAGGGGCUGGAGCUGAGCUACGUGGAGGACCAAAGCCGAAAUUGUAA